AUGACGACGAACGUGACAGUGUCAUUGGACCAGGUUCCGGUGAUGGCAAGUGCGGUGGCGCCGACAAUCGUCCCGCGACCGGUGACAGCGCCGGUGCCGGUUGGUGAUGGUGGUGUGACAGACUCGGCAACCGUCUCACAGCCUGUGGUCGCGGUACCGUCGGCACCUUUUGAUGCGCGGCUGAUACCGGAGUUUGACGGGACCGAAGAUGUGGUCAGCUGGCUGGCGCGUGCUGAGAUGCUGUGCCAGCUGAGGGGAGUGGCCGCCGAGACUGUGAUUCCUCUGCGCCUCGCUGGCGGUGCUUUCCACGUAUGGUCCCAGCUGCCGGCGGCCAGUCGCUGCUCGCUGACGGCCGUGAGAGACGCCCUCCAGGCGGCGUUUGCUCUCGAUGAGUACGCCGCCUAUGAAGCGUUCGCCGCUCGGCGACUGAUGCCAGGAGAGUCGGCGGACGUAUUCCUCGCUGACCUCCGCCGGCUGGCGGCGCUGUUCGGAGGAGUGCCGGAGCGAGCGCUGGCCUGCGCAUUCGUGGCAGGCCUGCCGGACAGCGUCCGGCAGAUGAUCCGCGCUGGCUGCCGGGCAGAUGGACUGGACCUGUCAUCGGUGCUGGCGCGCGCUCGCGCUGUGCUGACCGACGAGCGGCUCUCCGCAGCAGCAGCAGCGGCGCUGAGCGGUGCGCUGCCGAUUACACGCCUGCACGUGGACGGACGAGAGUGCUCGGUCCUCAUCGACACCGGGAGCACCGACACCAUCAUCUACGCGCCAUUCUGUGCGCAGUGGAGGCGACGGGUGGUGCGCGUCACCACGAUCAGCGGCGACGACCUGAAAUGCAGCGGCAUUGGCAGUGUAACGGUCGAGGCGCCGACGGGCCAUCGUGCCGCGCUUGAAACGCUGGUGGUGGAGGAGCGGCCGCUCGGCGUGGACAUGGUGCUCGGGGUCAGCGGUAUCUCGGCUCUCGGGGGCGUGACGGUGCUGUCCCCCUCUGUGGUGCGGUUCUGUGGAGCAGUGUGUCGUGCGCCGCCAGACAUUGAGACGCCGGACUUCCGGGUGCAGUUCAACGCGGCUGCCCGGAAGUGGUCGGUUGCAUGGAAAUGGUCCGAUGGGAUCGGACCCCAGUGCCUCACGAACGCUGUGCCGCAGUAUGCUGUGCCGCCCGCCGCUCGUCACGAGUUCGAGACAGAACUUGACGACUGGAUAGAGCGGGAGUGGCUCGUGCCGUAUGACGAGCGGCGGCAGGGGCCGCCGAAGGGGUUGGUGCCGCUAAUGGCUGUGGAGCAGCGCAAUCGGGGGAAAGUUCGACCGGUGUUGGACUACCGAGAACUGAAUGACUUUGUGCAGGCUCACACAGCUGACAGCGACGUGUGCGCGGAACAGCUCCGCAAGUGGCGCCGGCACGGCGCAAAUGUGGCGGUCGUGGACCUGAAGCGUGCCUACCUCCAGCUGCACCUGGAGGAGCGACUCUGGCCGUUUCAGACGGUGAUGGUGCGGGGGCAGCGAUUCUGUUUGACCCGCCUAGGUUUUGGUUUGAAUAUCGCGCCCCUCGUGAUGAAGGCUGUCGUGCGUGCUGUGCUCGAUCAGGACCCCGACAUCGGGCGUGCCGUCCUCCCAUAUGUGGACGACCUCCUUGUAAAUGAGGACAUAGUCAGUGCCGAGCGCGUGGUGGCGCAUUUCGCGCAGUUUGGACUGGACUGUAAGCCGCCGGAGCGGGCGGCCAGUGGAGCGCGGCUCCUGGGCCUGCGGGUGCACGAGGAGAACGGGCAGCUGCGGUGGAAGCGGGGCAAUGCCGUGAGCGCGCCGCCAGAACGUGUGACUCGCCGAUCUGUGUUCGCGUGGUGCGGACAGCUAGUGGCCCACGUACCAGUGUGUGGGUGGCUUCGACCCGCGGUCGCAUGGCUUAAGCGGCGUGUAAAUGAGCUGACGCGCGGAUGGGACGACAUCACUGAUGACGCCGCGCUGCGCGUGCAGAUGGACUGUAUCGCGAGUCGCCUCGCCAGUGACGACCCGGCCCGUGGCGUGUGGUGUGUCGACGGGGACGAGGUGGUCGCCUGGACAGACGCCAGCUCGCUGGCCACCGGAGUGGUCCUGGAAAACACAGACGGUGAGGUGAUCGAGGACGCAUGCUGGCUCAGGCGAGACGACGCUGUACACAUAAAUAUGGCCGAACUCGAUGCCGCUAUUCGAGGCAUUAACUUGGCAGUUGCGUGGGGCGCACGGAGAAUCGAUCUCCGAACCGACUCGGUGACGGUGAAGCGGUGGAUCGACGACGCGAUCAGUGGCCGCGCGCGCCUCCGUACUAAAGCCAGCGGCGAGCUGCUCAUCCGACGGCGUGUGGCGAUUAUUCGUCAGCUGGUCAUCGAGCUGGAGCUCCGUCUGACAGUGGCGCUCGUUCGAUCGGCGGAUAAUCGCGCUGAUGCACUGACUCGAGUGCCCAGGGAGUGGCUCCGAGACGAUCUGACGUCGACAGUGAGCGCGGCCGCCGUGAGCGCGGCUGGCGAGCCGUCGGCAGACAGUGUGUGCGUUAUUCAGCGGCUGGAGGAGAUAUUUUUUGAUCGAGGAGCUCCGGCGGAGCUGUUGUGUGAUAACGAUCCUGUGUUCCGCGGCCGACCGUUUGCCGUGCUCGCCGCGCGCUGGGGAGUGGCUGUGAGGUUCCGGGCGGCCCAUGCACCGAGCGGGAACGGUGUCAUCGAGCGCUGCCACCGGACAGUGAAAGUGAUCGCCGCCCGGAAACGGUGCGAUAUCGCCGAGGCGGUACACUUGUAUAACGUGACGCCGCGUGACGGCGAGGCGGUGGCCAGCGCUCCGUUUUGUGGCGUGUACAGUCCUCCAGCCGGCUCCAGUUGA